UAAGUAAACAAAUCCCUCUCUCUCUCUCUCUCUCUCUCUCUCUCUCUCUCUCUCAGUUUCAGAGCUCAAUAUCUUUCUUUCACCUUCUAAUUCUCUCUCUCUCUCUCUCUCUCUCUCUCUCACAUUUUGAUGCUUCUUGGUUUUCGCUUAUGGAAUAAGUGGAAAAACUGAAUGAGAUUUGGUGCAAAAAAAUGCGAGUGAAGGAAAUGCACCCGCUGUGUUGUAUUUCGCUGGAGAGUCCUGGAGGUAGUAUUAGGGAUCAAUCGCCGGAGCCGCCAUUGUCGGCGUCGCUAUUGAGAGCGAGGAGUUUGCCGGCUACGGCGACGGCCGGCGGAUCUGACCGCAUUGCGGGACGAUCGGAGGCCACGGUGGCCGGAGUCCUCUACAAGUGGACCAAUUACGGCAAAGGAUGGAGAUCCAGGUGGUUCCUUUUGCGCAACGGCGUUCUUUCCUAUACGAAAAUCCGGCGGACGGAGAAUCUCAACCUCCUUAUGUCUCCGACCUCCGACGACAUCACGCUGAUCGGAGAAAUCUCCGCCAAUCGGCUCUCGAGAUUGGACAGUAGUGGCAGACGAAAGCACCACCAGAAAACCGUUGGCAUUGUCCAUCUCAAGCAGAUCUCAUCUUUUCGGGAGAGCAAAUCUGAUGAUCGAAAGUUCUACAUAUUUACAGCCACAAAGACCCUUCAUCUGAGAACUGAUUCGAAGAGCGAUCGGGUGGCUUGGAUUCAAGCUUUGGUCUCAACUCGGAGCCUAUUUUUACUUAGACCAAUCAAUGACAAUCUCUCCCUUGUGCCAAAUGAUAUAUCUAUAUCAACCGAAAGGCUUAAAAAACGCUUACUUGAAGAGGGAAUAAACGAGAACCUUGUAAAUGAUUGUGAGCAGAUUAUGCGUUCAGAAUUCUCAGAAAUAAAAGGACAAGUUCAAGUUCUUUGUGAACAGCGAUCCAAUUUGCUUGACACGUUAAGGCAGUUAGAGGCAGCUAAUAUUGAAGCUGAGGCCUCUGGGAUUCAUGAUGGUCAAUACCAACUGACCAAACAUGAAUUUUCUGGUCUAGGGCGUGGAAAAUACAGUGAAUGCAGCACGACUGAAUCGUCUGAUGAUAUUGAGAAGCAAGAGCUUGAGGAAGUGUCAGAUGAAGAUGAAAUGUCCUUUCAUGACUCAAAAGAGUAUUUUACUGAACCCGACGUUAGCUGUGGGUCUAUAAAAGAAGUUUCCAAUCACCUUGAUAAUUAUGGAGAAGCUGAAAGCCAAUGUGAUGUGGCGAAAGUUCAGAACAAUAGGGAAGUUCAAAAUUCUAGAUAUCCACACAUUGAAAGGCGGAAAAAGCUUCCGGAUCCUGUUGAGAAGGAGAAGGGGGUCAGUCUUUGGUCUAUGAUCAAGGACAAUGUGGGAAAAGACCUCACACGUGUUUGCCUCCCUGUUUACUUUAAUGAGCCAAUAUCAUCUCUUCAAAAAUGUUGUGAGGACUUAGAAUACUCUUUUCUUUUGGAUCAAGCAUAUGAGUACGGGAAAGCGGGGAACAGUCUUCAGAGGAUUCUGAAUGUUGCUGCUUUUGCGGUUUCUGGAUAUGCUUCCUCUGAAGGUCGAAAUUGUAAACCAUUCAAUCCUUUGUUGGGGGAAACUUAUGAAGCUGACUAUCCUGAGAAAGGAAUUCGCUUCUUCUCUGAGAAGGUCAGUCACCACCCAACACUCAUUGCCUGCCACUGUGAAGGAAGAGGGUGGAAAUUCUGGUGUGACAGCAACCUCCGCACAAAAUUUUGGGGGCGGUCAAUUCAGCUUGACCCUGUUGGAGUUCUGACCUUAGAGUUUGAUGAUGGUGAAAUUUUCCAGUGGAGCAAGGUCACUACAACUAUUUAUAAUCUUAUCCUCGGUAAAGUUUAUUGUGGUCACCAUGGGACAAUGCACAUACAUGGUAAUCGCGAAUAUUCAUGCAAACUCAAGUUUAAAGAACAGUCUAUUCUUGACCGAAAUCCUCGCCAGGUAAAUGGAUUUGUUGAAGAUGUUAUGGGAAAAAAGGUUGCCACAUUAUUUGGGAAGUGGGAUGAUAGCAUGUAUUAUGUUAAUAAUGAUGGGAGUGGCAAGCCCAAGGAUUGUACUUCCUCUUCUGAUGCAUCCUUGCUAUGGAAAAGGAGUAAGCCGCCUCCUAAUCUCACUCGGUACAACUUAACUUCGUUUGCAAUCACACUAAAUGAGCUGACACCAGGACUGCAGGAGAAGCUCCCACCCACGGACUCGAGGCUUCGACCAGAUCAACGACAUUUGGAAAAUGGCGAAUAUGAGAAGGCGAAUGAGGAGAAACAGCGCUUGGAAAAGAGGCAAAGAAUGGCAAGGAAAAUGCAAGAAAAUGGGUGGAAGCCCAGAUGGUUCCAGAAAGAAGAAGGUGAUAAUGGACCCUUCCGCUAUGUUGGUGGAUAUUGGGAAGCUCGGCAGCAGGGCAAAUGGGAUGAAUGUCCAAAUAUAUUUGGUGAAUUCAAUGAAGACCUUGUUGAUCCCUUAGAAGUGUCAUGAUCUUAGUUCAGCUCAACCACAACUCAAAAGGCCUUUAUCAAAAGAAAAAGAUCUGUCAUCCAGUGAUCAUAUUCAUUCAUCACUUAAUCAAAAUUGCAUUUUAUCACAUGGCAAAGUUCAAUUGUAAAGCAAGCUACGGGCAUAAUUACCUAUGCCCCUCUACUGCUUAGGCCUAGUACAACAUGUCACUGAAUGUGUUCAUUACUCAUUAGAAUUGCCAUGAAAAGUUGUUAGAUUGAUUGUUUUGCUGAUAAUGCAGGAUAGGUAGAAAACCUUUACAACUGUUAGAGAGUAAGCUGGGCAGGAAAUGACCUGGUUGUCCAUGUUUUUUGGCCGUAUGUACCAGAAUUUUAGUCUAAAGUUGGCAAAAUUGAUCCCCACAUGCAUUCGAGUGAAGAAAUCAUCUUUCAAGCACGUGGCAAUGGUUAGGUCAGAAGUCUAGUGUAUCUUUUUAACAUUGUCCAUGUCUGCAGUGGGGGUUAGCUUGUGUAAUGUAAUCUCUCUCUCUCUCUCGUUUUAAACUGUGCUAGCCCUUGGCUGAGCAUUUAUUUCAUAUUUAUUUGUACUUUCUUUAUUUGAAAUAAUAAAAAGAAACAAAGAUUUUUUUUUU